AUGGCUGGCCUCGCAAACAUCAUCUACUCGCAUGUCUCCCUACCCCCGGCACUCUUCGCUGCGUUUAGGACCUUCAUCCGCAAGAACACUGUUCUCCUGACCACUGCUUUUGCUGGUGCUUUCGCUUUCGAGCUUGGCUUUGACGUGACCUCCAACAAGAUCUGGGAUAGCUGGAACCAGGGCCGCCAAUGGAAGGACAUCAAGCACCGUUAUAUUGCUGCCAAGGAGGAGGAGGACGACGAGUAA